GGAAUACAGACCCAAACUGUUUAGCUUCUCUUGAUCGCUGGAAUUAACCUGGUGAAUCUCCUUUGAAUUGCCUCUCUUUUUAACAAUAGUUUGUCAUAAACAAUCCUCUGGCGACAUUUCAGUGGUUGGGGAUGAUUGAAAAAUGAUGGUUAUAAUGGACAUUGUCAGAGGCCAGUUUGAUGAAAUCACACGUUCAGCAACUGGUUCUCGAACCCGCCCUGGGAGCCGAGUGGCAAGUGGUCCAUCACCAGACAGGCGAAGACAGAGUGUACUCUGCUCUGGAACUAUGAUGGUUUUAACACCAGAACCAAAUUUAUCCCAGGAAAGGUCUGAGUCUUUGGAAAGUCAUUUUAACCCCGUGGAUUCCUCAUCUAAUUCUCACUUUGACAAUUUGGACAGUGAACUGGAAAUCUUUAGUGGACAAGAUGGAGUGAAGAUCUUGGAUACUGACAAUGUGGAUCCUGGAAGACAAUAUGAAUGUUUUUCCUCAGCAAGGGACCAAAUCAAAUCUAAUAUACUGGAAGUUCUGAUUUCAGAUAAAUCAGAUACAGAAGAGAACUCUGAAGAUCACUUAACUAUCCAGGAUCAGACAGAGCUAUUAAAAAAUGAGUCUGAUAAUUAUAAGCAAGAGGAUAUGGCUGACAAAGCUGAAGACCCCCAACUUGAAGAAGCAAUAGCGAGAAUGAAAACAUUGGAUAAGAUUUUGGUAAUGAAGGAGGAAAAAGAAAGGCAAGUGAAGAAACAGGGAGAAGAACUGAGGAAAAAGCUUUGGGAAGAAUUUGAGAAUGCGAAACCAGAGGGAAUGGUGGAGUGCCCCGAGGUGGCAGAAAAUACAAUGAGAUUCUUAGCUCUGACACCAAGUGGAAAUGGUGAAGAACACUUGGUUACAUCUAUAUUCCACACCCAACUCCCUGUGGAGGACUAUGAAAGGAAAACUAAUGAACAAGACCAAGGCUACCAGGGCUGUGCUGAAGAAGCUAAAUUGCCUUCAGCAGCUUGCUCCAAAAAUGUCCAAAACAAAGAAACAGGGAGCCAAAUGCUUCCCCAAAAUAAGAUUAAAGUUAAAGAUUUUAUUAAGAAGAACAUUGAGUUGGCAAAAGAAGCUAAGAACCCAGUGCUGUUGACUGAUGAUGAGAAAAGAAGAUUAACAGAACUAUUGAAGAACAUCGAUGUUGAGGUAUCGAACAAUGAAGAUACUUCGAUGCCCUGGGCAGUAACAGUGGCAGAACGAGAUGGAUAUAAUCCAGAGCCCAUGGACCAACAGCAGUUAUUUGAAAUUGAUGCUAAACUGCAGGUUUACCAUUUAACUGAGAAUAUCCCCAUGAAUACAAGCUCAAGGUCCAGUGUACAAACCUGGAGUAAUCAGAGCUCCGUGGAUAAUUAUACAGAGAUUGGGCCAGGUGAAGAGGUCCUUGUUCAACUGCGAGAUGAACGGGAGCAACACUUGCGAAUGGGAGAGAUAGAACAACAGUUGAAAUGUCUGGAGACAAUAUCCAGAGAGGCUGCUAUUGAUGGCAUGCCAAACUUACCAAAAGACAAAUUGACCUCCUUACUGGACGAUUGCAUCCGAAGUCAAAGUUCAGGAAGAAUAUUUGGAAGUAACGUUUUGGAUGCUGAUUCUGACACUUCCAGCUCUUUAUGUUCUCAAUGGUCUCAGGCAAUGACUGAACGUAACACACCACAGCUGUCAGAAUUUGUCCUUUCUCAGCUUUUGGAGGAUGCAUACAGAUCAGGCCUUUCCCUGGCUUCUGGCAGAGCAGAAGGAGGCAGCAGAGAAUUGGCUGAGAGUGAGGACCCAAAUUACUAUCGCAGCAAAGUCCUGGGUAACGUUAACAGGCUGUCAGAAAAAUUGCUGGCAGUUUCGACAGCGGAUGAUGAUAACUCAGAUAGUGAGGUGGGGAAGUGGAUGCUGAGCAACAAUGAAGUGCCCUACUUGACCAGGGCACUGGCGAUUAAACAAGGGAAAAAGCCCACUUUCCUUAAUGACUCAAACCUUUAUGGAUCCUUGGAACAGGAGCAGCCAACAGCCGACAACACUCCCACAAUUCCACAGUUAUCGCACAGAGGUGAUGAAAAUGUCGGUGCCAGUGAAAUGGAUGAAAAUGUUGCUGACAAUGAGGUGAUAUAAAAGUAGAUUACACUUCAAUUUAAUACCAGACCUUUCUAAAGUAGUCUUUAUUAAAGAAGGAUGAGUUUUCCAAAACUGUUGGUUCCAAUUGUUCUGUUAUUCUGAUCUUUGGUAAACAACUUGGCCAAUGCACUGGAAUUUGCUGAUUGAUUCAAAGCAAAUGACAUGAAAAGGAAUUUUGUUUUUAUUUUAUCUUUAAUGAUUAUAGUUUCUUGCAAUCAAAUUUGCGUUUUCAAAAUAAGUUCAGAUUUGGGUGGUCCAGGAGAAGAGCUUUAUGGUUAAGUAGAAUGGAAGUGCGUGAACAUCAAACUGUUCUUCCUCCCAGCUUAUUGAUACCUGCGAUUUUGGACAUCUUGGCUAAAAAAUGCUUGCUGGUUGGAAUGAAGUCAGCAAAAGGAGUGAUGUUAGAAACAUUUCCAUCUCAAUAUUCAUGUUGGAAAUAAUUUUCUUUGAGUUGCUCCUCUUUAAUUAUUGUGCCACUUGGUGGAAAUGAAAAGGGAACUUAAUAUUUAUGUUACAGAAUGUUAAUGUAAUAAACUCAGAGUUAAUGCUCUCAUUUCCAGUGAACUACACAUUGUGAGCCUUAGUUCUAGCAAUUGUCGUGCUUUGGUGUCUGGUAUUUUUUGCUACUUGUUUGCUAUAAUCUAUUUUCACAGAAUAAAUGUGUGCUUUCCAUAGUA